AUGAAUAUCGUACAGGGCCUUCUGUCCAAAAUCUCUCCAUUGCCGGAUGGAGAUUUGGCCGAUCGUCUCAACUACAGCUACACCAGUACCAUUUUGUUGGUGUGUUCGGUGUUCAUAUCGGGUUGGAGGUGAGUUUUGCCGUGAUUUGUUUCAAUUCUUUUGAUUUUUAGUUUUGUUGGACAACCGAUUCAAUGCUGGUUCCCUGCUUAUUAUAGAGGUAAGUGUGGCCAAGCGAUAAAGUGCUGGAUAUUAUUAAUUUUUAAUCGUAUCUUUUGAUUUUAUUAAUAUCCAAAUCAUCCAUAAGUUAAAAUAUUUCUUUCUUUUAAUAUUUUUAAAUUUUGUACGUCCUAUUAUGAUGCAAUUCCACUAAAAAGCAUUUCCAAUAUUAACCAUGCCCUAUAUUAUGCAUUUCUAGGUUGGUGGAUGGAAUAUGCGUUAGAUUAUUGCUAUGUUCAGAAUACGUAUUUCGUGGGAUUCACCGAGUUCAAACCCGAUGAUAGUAACGCGUUUGACUUUGCGAAGCAUGUAAUUGAAAUCCCGACUAAUGUCACCCAAAGAGACGAAAAACAAAUUGGUAAGGAUCUUUUACUGAUUUUACAACUUCGUUUUUCCAUUAGUUAUCUGUUAAAAAUUUUUUUCAAAAUUUUAAAUCUUUUAUCAAUGAUGGAAAAGUACUGUAAACUAUUAAUGUGACAAACUACAACUUAUCAGCUUAACUAUUAGGUUACCCGAGAAAUGUUAAUGUUAUCAACGUGAUAAUUCUAUUAGAAAAUUCCCGCAUUAUCGCCGUACGUACAUGUUAAGCAAACAAGCGGAAUAUCCUUUUAAGCAAACAUGUUUAAGCGUAACUAAUUCGACUCGCUUUUUGUGGCUAAUUUGUUUGUAAACAAGUAUUGCAAACAAACUUUAUCCUCAUUUCCAUUAAAACCUUCGAAAAAGUGCCUAAACCUAAUUAUGCCCAAAAAUCAGUACUCUUAUAACAAAAUCAUCUUCAUGAUAUCAUUUUCAAAAGACCAACUAUUUUACAACUUCAACACAGCAAACUAUUAUACAAUCAAAGCAAAAACAAACCCAGAAUAACCCAAAAAAUCUUUCAGGAUACUACCAAUGGGUGCACUUCAUCCUAGCCAUCCAAGCUUUCUGUUUCUACCUCCCAGUCCAACUAUGGAGAACAAUCUACAAUACGAUCGGCUUCAGAGUACGAGCAAUCUGCGAGACUUGCAAUAUCAGAGCUAACAUGGACCCUAGUGAUCGUAGCAAAAACAUCGAAACCGUAGCCAGAUUCUUGGCCAGUGACCACGAAUUGGCUUCGACGUUAGGCGGUCGAAUUCGACAACAUUUGGAAGGUCGGGUUGUGUUGUCUACUUAUUUGGUAGGUUAUUGUUUUUAUUUUAAAUAUUGUAAUUUUUUAUUUAUUUUUUGAGCUUUAAGUUUUACUAGUUAUUUGACUUUCUUAAUUUUUAAAAUUGUCUAAAAAUUUUCGUUUUUUAGCUAAUCAAGUUCAUCUACGCAAUCAACGCUCUAUUGCAAUUUUUGAUCGUUAAAUGGCUACUUGGAACUGAUAGCAUUUUCUGGGGUUGGAAUGUCGUCGUUGACCUUUGGAAUGGUCAUGAAUGGCCAGAAACUGGCAACUUCCCUCGAGUUACAUUGUGCGAUUUUUCGGUAAGUUAUAGGGUAUGGUUAAUAUAGAAAUUCUACCUUUUUUUCUUAUAAAAACGAUAAAUUUGCAUACAUUUUCCUUUUUUAAGUCAACGUUAUUUUAAUGUCAUUCUUUGGUUAUUUGAUUUUAAAGUUCAUUUUAUGCAAGUUUUUUCUUUGAACAAGUAAACCGUCAAAGUUUUCAAUUAAUUCUCUUUCCGUUGUAACAGGUUUAAGAUGCUUAUGUCUACAACACAGAAAAGCUACAACUCGCACAUUUCAGGUUCGAGUGUUAGGCAAUCUCCACAACCACACACUACAAUGCGUGUUGAUGAUCAACAUGUUCAACGAGAAGAUCUUUAUGUUUUUGUGGUUCUGGUUCCUAUUCAUGGCCAUCGUCACAGCAUACAGUUUGUUCAGUUGGUUGUUGGUUAGCUUCAGUGAUCGGUCCGACCGACACCUAAUUGCCACCUAUUUGGCCAAGAUCGACCCGCAGACCCUGCGGUCAAACACCAAGAAGGAGAGCAUCAAAAACUUUGUCCGACACACUUUGAGGGCUGAUGGCGUGUUUUUGGUGCGACUGAUUGCCAAAAAUAGCGGCGAUUUAGUGACAUGCGAGCUGUUACAGACCCUAUGGAAGGACUACUUGGCCCAAACGCCGCCACCGCAAUAUCAGCCGGAGCCGUUGAUCGACAAGAAAAAAGGUGGUCAAUAA